GCUGGUUUGUUUGAUUUAAAAGACUUACAUACUACUGAAUACAUAAUUAAUUUCAAAUAUAUAUUGCAACAACAAUAUCCUAGAUUCCAUAAGUUGGAUUUCAAAUAGUUUUUAAUCAGUCGUAAGGUUUUACUGAUUGCCUACAAAGCACUUCCUGGAUUGGCUCCAGAUUACACUUUAGAACACAUUUUCUUUCAGGUUUCUCAGACACUACACUCUACACUAUACUACACACUCAGAAUCUAAGGACAGCCAUCCACAGGAUGUCAAUAUUUUAUUUUUUUUGCCUGAAUAUUUCAAAUUGUAAACUUGUUAACUUUUUUGUAUCUUCUUAAUGAAUGUUUUCUUCUAUUUUACAGGUUUUGUUUGAUAUUGUUUUACACUGAACUGUGAACAGACAGAUGCUAUAUACAUAUAACAGUAUUCAUCUAAUUAUUCAAUAAUUUUAUUGAAAGAACAAAUAUAAGAACAAUUACAGAUAUUCUACAACAAUGAAACAUUUACCAGGAAAAUACACAUACUUGCAUUCAUUUUUGUUCUCAGCAGUAGAUGAGUCAUCUCUCCUACACAGUGAAGUGAACUGUUGGGUUGUGAUAACCCAUUAACGUUGCUUUAUCUUGAAGUGGCAGUAACAGUUUUAUAUUUCAUUAGCAUCUAUUGAAUUACUUACUUCUAUAAUUUUAGUGAAAUAUCUAGCCAAAUAUCUUUAAAGCACCAACUCAGGCGUUCUAUUGAUUUGAUGGCGGAACCUUCUAUUCUAAUGCAAUGUUUCAGGUAGAACAGACAAGUGCGAUACCUGAUAUACACGGAACAAUAAAAGUGUAGCACCUAGUAUUUUCGUGCCGUGGGAUGGAGUUUUCAUUUCGUUGACUGUUGUUAGCUAAGUCAAAGACAGUAAACGCCGAAAUAGUGGCCCCAUUCGUCUCAUUAAGAAGCACAUCGGGAGCGUAAGCCCGGUCAAUAUGGCAGAUAACAUUAUUGUCCGCAUCCAGUCCCCCGACGGGAUGAGGAAACUCAGCGCCACCAAAAGGGAGACAGCUGCAGCUUUUCUCAAGAAGGUAGCCAAAGAGUAUGGCUUUAAUUCCAAUGGUUUCUCCAUAUACCUGAAUCGCAACAAGACCGACGAGAUCCUGUCCCAGAGCAAGGCCCUCAGUCUCAAACAUGGCGACAUGCUCUACCUCUACCCCUCAUCCUCCCCUGGAUCGUCCAGCGAGGUGAUGGACGUUGCGACGCCACUCUCGUCCUUCUCGAUCCCCUCCACGUCAUCUUCAUCCUCCUCUUCCUCCUCCUCCAUGUCGCGUUCGCACUCGUCGCCACAGAUCCCCGAGGACGAGAUCGACCAGAUCCUGGCCAAACAGGAUGGCAAGAUCUACCGCAACAAAGACCCACAGCUCUGUCGGCAUGGUGCGAUGGGCAAAUGUGUACAUUGCGUACCGCUAGAGCCUUUUGACGAGGACUACCUGAAUCACCUGGACCCGCCGGUCAAGCACAUGUCAUUCCACGCCUACAUCCGCAAGCUCACGGGCGGCGCUGACAAGGGCAAGUUUGUGGCACUGGAGAACAUCAGCUGUAAGAUCAAAUUAGGCUGCGAUGGGCACCCGCCCUGGCCCGAGGGCAUCUGCACUAAAUGCCAGCCCAGUGCCAUCACGCUCAACAGACAAAAAUACAGACACGUGGACAACAUCAUGUUUGAGAACCACACCACCGCUGAUCGCUUCCUGGACUUCUGGAGGAAGACGGGCAGCCAGCGCAUGGGCUACCUGUACGGCAGGUACACAGAGCACAAGGACAUCCCCCUGGGCAUCCGGGCCGAGGUGGCAGCCAUCUACGAGCCCCCACAGAUCGGCACUCAGAACAGCCUGGAGCUGAUGGAGGACCCCAAAGCCGCAGCCGUGGAGGAGAUCGCCGCUAAGCUGGGCCUGUGCAAGGUGGGCUGGAUCUUCACUGACCUUCUGUCGGAGGACACUAGAAAAGGAACAGUCCGCUACACCAGGAAUAAAGACUCGUACUUCCUGAGUGCUGAGGAGUGCAUCACAAGCGGAGACUUCCAGAACAAGCACUCCAACGCCUGCCGCCUCUCCCCCGACGGCCAUUUUGGCUCCAAGUUUUUCACAGUAGUAGCCACAGGUGGUCCAGAUAACCAGGUGCACUUUGAGGGCUACCAGGUGUCCAACCAGUGCAUGGCCCUGGUGCGGGACGAGUGCCUACUGCCCUGCAGAGACGCGCCCGAGCUCGGCUACGCCAAAGAGUCCAGCACCGAGCAGUACGUGCCUGACGUCUUCUAUAAGGACAAAGACAAGUUUGGCAAUGACAUCACAUAUUUAGCCCGUCCCCUACCUGUGGAGUACCUUAUCAUAGACAUCACCACCACAUUCCCCAAGGACCCACAGUACACGUUCUCCUCCUCGCUGCGCUUCCCCAUCGAGAACCGAGAGGCCUUGGGAGAGACGCAGGAUUUCCACAGUUUGGCGACGUACCUCGGUCAGUGUUCAGCCUCGUCGUUCUUGGACAUAGUCUCCGAUUUCCACAUUCUUCUCUUCCUGGUGACUAACGAGGUUAUGCCUUUACGGGACAGUAUUGGUCUCCUGCUGGACGCUGUGAAAACCUCCAACGAGGAGCUGGCACAGACAUGGAAGAAAUCUGAACAGUGGGCGACCAUCGAGCAGCUCUGUAGCACUGUGGGUGGGCAGCAGUCGGGCUCUCUGGACUACGCCAUGGGCGGUCCGUCAGCACCGGCCUCGUCCUCGUCCAUGUGGUCGUGCCAGCACUGCACCUUCAUGAACCAGCCGGGCACCGAGCUGUGCGAGAUGUGCAGCCUGCCCCGCAGUUAGGCCUCCCCACCACCGGGGGGGGGGGGGGGGGGGGGGGGGGGCCAUCAACGUCCCGUCCUCGCUACGCCGUUAACCGCGCGCCUGAGAUCAGGAGCCAGAGUGGGCCGCCUCCUCAUUCCUCUUUCUUUCUCUCUCUCUCUCUCUCUCUCUCUAUCUCUCUCUAUCUCUAUCUAUCUCUCCUCUCACUGCCCUCCCUUCUCUAAAUCUAUCUCUCUCGCUUUCUCUCUCUUUCUGCCUCUUUCUCCCCACCUCCCCUAUUACCAUCCUCCCUUUACCGCUUAUCUUUCUGUAGGCCCAAAUAGCCACACACCCCCCCCC